AUGUCAGAUACAACAACAACAACAACAACAAACAAUAACGAAUCGGGAACACCUAACCCAAUUGUGUUCUUUGAUAUAGCUAUCGAUGGUCAGGCUAUAGGUAGAAUUAAGAUUGAACUAUACGCUGAUGUAGUACCUAGAACUGCCGAAAACUUUAGACAAUUCUGUACAGGUGAAUACAGAAAAUCAGGUGUACCCAUUGGUUUCAAAGGUUGUAAAUUUCACAAGGUAUCAAAGGAUUUCAUGAUUCAAGGUGGUGAUUUUGUAAAGGGUGAUGGAUCAGGUAGAACAUCGAUAUAUGGUGAAAGAUUCCCAGAUGAAAACUUUAAAUUAAAACAUACUGGACCUGGUACAUUAUCAAUGGUUAACAGUGGUACACCAAAUAGCAAUGGUUGUCAAUUCUUUAUAUCAUGUGUAGCCACCGAAUGGUUGGAUGGAAAGAACGUAGUUUUUGGACAAGUAGUCGAUGGAAUGAAAGUCGUUAGAACCAUAGAAAAUGUACCCGUUGUAAAUCCACAAACAAAUAAACCUAAAUUCGAUGUCGUCAUAACAGAGUGUGGCGAACUGUAA